GCUGACCGUCGUCCUCUCAGUUGCUAAGUAACCUCUGCAGGGGGCGGCUGCCGCAUCAUCGGAUGCUGCUUGUUCAGUAAAUCAAACGAAGACGUUUUCACUCGAUAAAAACUAACCAGUUAGUGUGAGGAGGAGGAUGGACGGAGGCACCGAGUUAUCUCUGAGUAUCGCUCACAUCGUUCAGCGGCUGAAAGGAAGUCAUUUACACUCUCAGAUCGAGAGACAAGCUAAAGUAAGUCAGCUGCUGUUAGCAUGUGGCUAACGAUGCUAAACCCUGCAGGUCCGCUCUCAGUCUCAACAGAGUCACCAAUUGAUGAAUUUAUUGGCUUUUGUCAAUGUCAGAAUACAGAAAAGAAGCUGUAAUUUAUUAAUAGAUCUUCAGCUUUAUUUAAUUCUUCUCCAAAUAUUUUUUAGGAUUGUUUACAUCAACCUGAGAUCAAAUUGGAGUCCCUUAAAGAUGACGUCCGCAGCUUCCUGAAAACAUCAGGUGAGCACACCACUGUCUGAUUUUAGUGUCUGUUACACUUGUGUUAUGGUGAAAAAAUGAGAUUAUAUAACAGUUUUUAUUCAUUUUUAAUGUUUUUCAGGCUGGGAAAGAAAGCUACAGAAUGCAGUGUACAGGGAACUGCAUGUGUAAGUGAUAUUCAACACUCAAACACAGUCAAACACACAGACACCUUGGGUAACUUGAAACAGUUGGAGGAAAAGUAAAAAAAAAAUCACUUAGCGUUACUUUUCUUAUGAUACAGCAAUUUACCAAAAAAACAAAAACUUUUUUCUUCAAAUAUUGGAGUAAAAAAUAGUUGUAAUGAUUAAAUAAUAUUAUUGUAGUGACUGCUUUCCUUCAACAAAAAGGCCGCUGGGGUUUAGGUGCCCUUGCAUCUGUGACUCGUUCAACUAUCAGUCCGGUUUGAGUGUCAAAAAAUGGUUUAUUGUUCCAAAAAAGAAAAGAAAAUACACUGAUCCAGGUCCAAAACCUUUGCCUUCGAAUGAAAAAGUGAUAAGAUGAAAUGAGGUUAAAACAGGAUGAGUGAAAUGGUCAACAGAAAAUUUUUAGAGCUUAACAGAAACCUAUUGUCUGACUACACCGGUGAGAUUUGAAUAACCCGCCACACAUCCCAAAACCACACUCCUCAGUGAUGAUCCCCAGAAUUGACGUACCAAGUAGAAAUCAAACUUUCAACAAAUAUAUUUUGGCUCCUACAGUUAUUUUCCCUCUUGAAAGUAGUCCAUCUGUUAGCGGCGAAUGGCAUAUGCCUUAUAAUGGGCCACGCCACAUGCUAACAGUUCUGUUGGCAUGUGGCGUGACAUGUAUACACCAUUUACAGUGUUUCCUCAAAGGUUACCAUGAUGUGAGAUUUGUGUAAUAGUCUUACAUUAUCACCUGAAGUCCCUAACAACCAUACUUUGAACACACACGAAAGAUGGAGGAGAGAAAGUUGCUUUUUGGUUGUCAAAAGAGACAAAGAUGCCUUUCUUUCAGUGAGUCUGUGAUCAGAUGUUCCCAGCAGCUUUUCAAAGUUUGCUAUCAAGAUAUAACAGACUGUUGUUGUUGUUGUUUUUAUGUGGCACUGACCAAUCAGAAUCAAGUAUUUGGCGCAGAAGCUCCUCUAUAAUAAACCAGAGUUAUGUUUUCUCUUCAGUCUUUGUCAGUCACUUUUAUUACCGUCAUUAAAGAGCUUGAGAACUUUUUGGACUUUAUAAACAGCUCUGAAAAGUGUUUCUCUGUACCGUCGAGGGUUUGGACUCAUCGCUCUCUGGAGGCUCUGACUGAGACCCAGGAUGCUCGAAGCUCUGCUUUUAAAAGAUGACAGAUAACUCUGACUAAUACCUCUUUGGCCAUUAGGCAGCUCGAUGUGCUCUUAUAGGUGUUUAGAUUAGGACGGACAUUGUUUGACGCACAGAGAUCUUGACUCAUUCAGUGCGCCCUCAGCGUGCUCAGUGAAGAAGAAGACGGACAGGAGACAGUCCCGCUCUGACUCAAUGCUGACUGACAGCCUGUUUUGACCAAAAUUUCUGACAUUUGUUUGCCUUUUUGUUUGACAGCUGCCCUUUCCCUUUCAGCAGCUCAAAGCUUUUGGACUUGUACUUCAAAAUCACAGUAAUUUUACACAUUUCAUGUACUUCCCUUUCCCCUGGAUUUGCUUAUUCCAGCCAGCUGCCUCGCAGUCACCCCACGGCUCCUCCAGAGCAUCUUAAAGAGCCGCUGGCCUACAUGCGAAAAGCACAGGUCAGUCAGUUUGCUCUGAUCUCUGUCACUCCUCUGUUUUUCCUUUUCCUUUAUGUUUUAUUAUAACCACCGAGGGAUUUGUAGCAUCCUGUUUGAAGUCGACUAUUUCUGCGUGUGUUUGUGCUCUUUUGCUCAGGCCAGCUGGGAGAAGCGUGUCCUCAAAAGCCUGAACAGCAUGAGCACAGAGCUUGAAGUGCCCCUGGCUCGCAUGGUAAAUAAUUUGACCGUCAACUAACAUAACGUUUAUGUCCUUUGGUGAAUAACAGUAUUUUUUAGUAUAAUUUCAGAAUAAUGCAUCUUAUAUUCUGCGUUAUUAUCAUAUGAAUCAAAACUAAGUGAGCUGUGGCUCGUCUGGCACAGUCUGUCGAGCGUUUUCGACCCUCCUGCAGCUGUACACUGAUGUGAACAUGCAUUUUUGAUGUGACAUAUUAAAGCUUCUUUUUUCGAGCGGUUUGUUUUGCUUUAAAUCUUCGCUUUCUGCCUCCAGAGGCCGGCAGCCGAGCAGAAGGAGCUCGCGAACAAAUGGAACGAGAUGGGCACAGACGAACCAGGUCUCUAGACACCACCCUCGACGGUCUGCCUUUUAUGAACGAUUAGUGUGGAUGUGCCGCUCAAACACUCGUUUGUUUACAUCAGCUUAUCACAUCUCACAUCUGCCUUUCAAUCUGUUUUAUCGAGACCAUUUUCCCGGGGACUGAACUCGACUGUAUCAGAUGUGAAAAAAAAAGUGAGAGGAUCAUGUAAUCCAAAUAACUACACUAGUUUACAACUGGUGGGUAACAUAAAAAUGGGCUCUAGAGAGAGGCUGAGUCACUUAGAAGUAAAGAUGGGAAUCGUUUUAACCCUCUCCUGGUUCACACAGAGGAAAUAGUUUAGUAAAUCUGGAGAAAUGUUUGUACAAAGUGGCUAAAGCCAAUAACUGAUACUGGCUAGAGGUGAUAUUCGUGCCCUCAGGCGGCACUGUAUUAAAAACAGGCAUGACUCUGCGGUGGAAAUCACUGCAUGGGCUCAAAAUCACUUCUAAAACACAGGAGAGGUCUGUGGUCCGACAGAUCAAUAUUGACAUCUUUUUUGGAAAUCAUGCAUCAUGUGUGAACGCUUCUUUAAAACUUGUCACUGGUUUCCAGUAUAAGGCGAGCAAAUAUUCUUAUCAAACGAUCAGACAUUUGUUAUGCUGUCUCUGCACGAACAUGUCCAUGCUGGGAAAAACUAGUUCAUGACUUCUUCAGAAAUCUCCAGCCAGCAAGCACCAGCCAAUCACAGCACAGGAGGGCGGGGUCUUAAAGAGCACUUAAACACUAACAUAGAAAACUCCAGUGGUGAACUUAAAUCAUUACCAUUCAUUCAUCCUAACCAGCUCAAGUCGUUGCUUUACGUAUAUAUAUUGAAGAGGAGUGUGUGGAGUGUCCUGCUAUUAACGUAAUAAAUACUGGGAUUGAGUUUGAAAAGAAACAUCUCCUCAGUUGUAAACCAACCAUUCAGACUCCCCUCAGUGAAUUUCCGAAGAGCCGGGUGACCUUGUUUCUUAACAAUGAUAUCACAGCCCCAGAGUCGUAGAAUAACAUUUAGAUCGUACAGUCCCCUGGGUAUAAACACUGUGAAUUUAAAAGCUGUCCAGACUCUUUGGACGGAGCUGCGAUAACGAGCAGCACCCAUUCUCCUGUCCAAACCUCAGUGUGCCCUUUUUCUAACCCUGAAUUUAUGGCUGCGAAUGAACACAGGGGGAGGAAAUCCUGUCUUCUGGGUUCUCUAGGAGCUUUGUGGGCAUGUUACAUAAAAUGUAAAAAUAAUACAAAUCAAGUCGAUUAAAAUGACUUUAUGGUUUGAGUCAUAUCUGCUGAGUGGGUUUUACAGCUGCAGGUAAACAUUGUGAACAUACACUAAUAACUACAUGCUCUGUUGUCUUUGUUUCUUUAAAGAUUUGAGUCGCUUCAGGCCUGUCUAUGCCCCGAAAGACUUCCUGGAGGUAAGCAGGGGUCUUACAGCUCAGACUAUUUGGUGCAGCUCAUUGCAGAGUUGACACCGAAGGUCUACUUUGUCCUCAGGUGUUGAUCAGCUUGCGAAACCCAAAUCACGACAGCAGCGAGGACAUCAGUGCCAGGAGCCACUGGGGUCUCAUCCAGGUUCCCCUAAACGUCAGGGAUAUCCCACAGCUGGUAGGAACCCAUGAGGAUAUUUUUAAAUGUCCAAGUUUGAAAAUGAUAUAAAACAAUCGAUUGAAAAUCUGUGGUGUUUUUUUUUCUGUUAAACUCUCAGAGACAGGCUUACGCAGAGCUCAACCUGACCACAGGUCAACUUGGGAUCGACGACCACGCGCACAUCCGACCAGGUAUUCACAAAAAAGUGCAGAUAGACUUCUUUUUGUGCUAUCACACACAAAAGAGUAGGUCAAAGUUAAAAGGCUUUCUGUACAGGCGAAAAAAAGAAAAGCAGCUUCUUACAAGUCUUAGUUAAAAGAACUUAUCUAGUCCCAAAAUUUAAACGAUGAAAUCUUUGGUUGGCAUAAACUGUUGCGUUCCCGCCUCCUUUCAUAGCUCUCUUCAAUCCAGACUUGGGUUUUAAUUAGGGUGAUUUAUCCACGAGCCGAUUAAAUCGGCCAAUUUUAGCGCGUUUGAGACUAAUCGGUAAUCAGCCAAAACUCGCCGAUUGUCGCCGAUAUAAAAAUGCAGAGAAUACGAUUCGGUUUCAUUUCGAAAAUGUUCCGCCAUUUGAAAAGUUCCCCGAAUUAUCCAGUAGAUGGCGCAACGACCUCAUGACAAUCUUCAUCCACUAACUACCUCACAGCACAGCAGAGUGACGGAUCUGAAGCAGGCAGCUCAGGGACGCACGGAGGAGAGUGGUCCGCCUCAACGGUAAAUAAACCAGUUUGUGAAAUACACAAGAAGUCAACAAGUUUCGGUUCAACCCACUUCACGAUGUUCCCCGCUGUGGCGGUCUCGGUCACGCCGAGUAAACGGUGAAGCACCAUGUAAUAUGCAAGCUAAAGUUAAAGUUAGCCAACUGCUAUUAGCCUUGCGGCACUGUUAGCCGUGCCAGUAACGGUAGAAUAAACAACAGUACACAUUAGUGAUAGAGCGACUUCUCUUACUGAGGCAGCUGCAUGUCUCCAGAUGAGACCGGACCGGAAAUGAGUAACGUGAGUUAAGACGCGGAGGCACCGAUCGGCGGCCGGGUGUGGGGGCGUGGGGUGGUAGUUGAAAACGCUUUUCUGGACUGAGUUUGAUCAGUCGGUCUUCCUGUCGGCGUGGAGAGCAGUAGCCUUCAGUAUAUCUACAGUAUAUAGUAAACUGUAGAUUAUAACUUCAUAAAAAAAUUAAAAAAUCGGCCAAUGAAUCGGUUAUCGGAUUUGUUUUUCCCUCUAAUAAUCGGUAUCGGCGUCGCCCCCAAAAAAUCCUUAUCAGUCGGGCCCUAGUUUUAAUAUCAGCCGCCAUGACACAGAAAUACUCUGAAAUAAAUGUGUUUACCUGAUGAACGCUGGUGUUUAAUGUUGUGAUAUCAACCUGCGCUCCUCGUCUGUGCUCUGCCGUCUGGGUUUUCUCAGACUGUAUCUUUGUUUCAUCCUCUUAUUAACAGUGUUAGAGUCUGGUGUUUGGACUUUAAAUAGAACAGAACCCACCGUCUCUCUGUUUGUUAAUCUAAUAGAUAACAUUAGUUUGAAAAACAUUGACUCCUGAGCAGAUAGCGAUAAUGAAUUGGUUUUGCUCUGUCUCUUCUCUCUCCUGUGCAGACCUGUUUGAAAGCGAGUAUGUUCAAGUCGGGAAAAAAGGCAAGUGUUUGGCUUUUGUACUUUUCUGGCAUCCUUACACUGCAAUGAGGUAUUAAAAUCCCUAAAUAUGGAAGAAUUUCUAUGAAUUCCCCCAACUAGCAGAUCACAAAAAGGCUAACUGUUGUAUUUAUGAUGAAAGAUGAUCAUUACCGGUGCUGACUUUGGUUUUAUUGCUCCAUUUGACUCGAUUUUAACCACACAGGCCUGGCACCAUACUUCUAGUUUUUGUUUAACAUUUCAACUUUAUUUAGAGCCUCAGAAAUCUGGUUUUAUUUUUACAUUAAAGAAUCUUUUUCAGGACAGGAGUAUCAAAAAUAUCCCAAAAUAUCCACAGUGAACCAGUUUUAAGAAUAAAAAGAGGAGGGGUACUUAUUUCAGACACUGAAGACAGGUAAUAAAGACAAUAUUGCGAAUGAUCCUGUUGUUUUUGUCUCCGUCUCUGAGUGUUUCGUAACAUUCACCAUAAUAGGAAUGUGUGUUUUUACCAUUUUUUUUCAUGUUUAUUAAUUUUCAAAUAGAGAUGAAAUCAGGAAACAGAAACCCAAACAUGAUGACGUCACCCUGCCCACUUUGGGAUAAACCAAUAGGACGUAUUUACGGCGCCAUUGGAUAGUGUUUACAUUCUGUCAUGAUAUAGGUCACCCUCUCCGAGUCUUGUUUGGGGGGGAACAAACCUGCGAACAGUUACAGAGUGGACUCGCUGAUACGAUCGGCUGUGUCCCAUUUCACAUGCCGCUCAUGUUUGCACAGAUUAUGUCAUGAAACGAGCAAAUCAGGAUCAAGUCAGGAUUUUGCGCACAUUGUGUUCCUUCAGUGUUUUUAUAUUUUGUGCUAUCAUUACACACAGAGCGCCUUCAGACCCUAUAAAAAUACUCACAUACCAGACAGGUGAUGUAAUCCCAGAGUUUAGAGUUUAGACUUCAAUCAAAAGUCCAGCUGAAAGACAGUUUUUUUCUAGACUAGGAUAAAAUUGUAAACCAAGAGACAGACAGCAAGCUCAUGUGUAAUGAUUGGACAUGACAGGGGUCAGCUAGCCUUAGUGAGUCACUUGUGUUUGAAGAUGGUUAGCCUAGCACAGAUAGUGAAAAAUAUGUCGCUGCUGCUACAAAGAGAUUCCCUCUCUGACUCUCUGCUUUUGUUCCAGUGCUGGCGGAGCAGGACAGCGCAGCAGCGCAGCAGUACAGCCGGCAGGGCUGUCCCACCGGGCUCCGCGCAGACCUGUGGGCCCUCAUCCUUAACUCUACCAACCAGCCUCAGGUACUUCAAGCAUACACACACACACACAGACACACACAUAUACAUACACUGCUGGUAGCACCCUGGUGGCUUCUGUCAGCUCUCAGUAUUUGUCAGACAGCCAAUGAGCACACACAGCUGCAGUGAUUCCCAAACUGCCUGUUUACUGCGAGCUCUCAGCUGCAGUCACGUCCCUCUUCGCUGUCUGAUUUUAUAUCAAGUGUUUUUGGGUUUUACAGCUAAUAUUUCUCCAGUUGUGCUAAAUUUAUCUAUAAUUAGAAAACACAGUCUAACUUGUGUAUCAGCCACUCUCCUGUUUAUCUUAGCUAACAUUGUGUACAAAUGCCGAGACAACCAAGAGCUACGAUGCAGCAGAGUUUGCCUAAACACAGCAGCUGCCUGACCAUGCGGCAAAAUGCUGCCAAGUUCAUAAAACAAUGCUCGUGACGGGCGGAUUGAUUUCUGAGGGGGAGUAACGAGGGCUGGAGAGUGUUGGCGAGGCUCUGGGUGGCACAUAAAAAAAGUUUCUUAACCCAAAGUUUAAUAAGACAUUGGCGGUCCCUGACACUGUCCGUGUUCCCGCAGUGUUUUUAGUGUUCCACCUCAGCUGUCAAAAUGAGCGUCUCUAUUUCUGCUUUUCGCACAUCCUCAACGCUUCCCCCUGCCAAGGUGCUUCACGGCUGUCAUAGCAGACGUUUUUAUUGCCCUCCUCCUCUCCACUCGCUCUGUCUUUGCUUUAUUUAUACGAACCCGUCCCAAACCGGAGACAUGUUUAAGGUUGAACCUGGAGGCGGAAACGCGGUUUUCAAGCGCAGUUUAAGCCCCCUGUCAUGAAAACCAUAAAAUUGAUUUAUCAGUGUCCCCACAGAGGAUGAAGUUUGUAAGAGAAAGUGAGACUGCCUUUAACUCCAUCAUGUUAAAAUACAUUUACCUCUGUGUUUGUCUCCAUUUUACAUUUCAGGAUGUGAUGCAUUAUGAACAGCUAACAGCUGGAGUCAUACAACAUGACCUGCUGGUGGACAACCUUAUUUAUAAGGUAAAGCAUUUCUUACCACCAUCAGUGCUCACUUUUAUGAAGCUGUAUGAUCCUUUAGUUUGUCCAGACUCUUUCCUGUUUUAAUUUCUCCUCUUACACAAUUUGUUGACAGGAUGUGAAGCUCACUGCAAGUAACGACGACUACUACUUUGUAUUUGAGGAUUUCCUUUACCAGGUAACUGUCUGCUGUCUCACAUUUAAAGCUCUUCAUCUGUCAUGACUCUCCGUUUCUGUGCUCUGACUUGCAGAAACUGCAGAAAACCUGGUUUCAAGUGGUUUUUUCUCAUAAUAAUUUUAACAAACGAUCAUGAAUAAAUAAACGUUUUCAGUGUGACUUGGCUAAAAAAUAGCUUCUCUGAUUUUUGUAAGACUCGUGUCAAACACGAGAAGCACAAAUUUAAAAGAAACUCUUUGAGGAGACAAUAAAGGGCCUUAACUUUAAAAACACAUCCUUUAAAUUCCUCUUAAUUUGUACUUGAUCAAUAUCAUUUUUUCAAUCGCCGAUACCGAUAAUGUGAAUGCAGGGCUGCUGAUGGUUUAUCCAUAAUGCCGAAUAACACUGUUGUUAUUUCCUGCAUUUUACUAAAUAGUACAAUUAAGCAGUAUUUACUAAACUGCUUUACUUGAGUGAAUAAAUUCUAUUAAAUAUUGGUCUCAUAUUUUAUUAAACAAGGUCAGAGGAGACAAUAUUUGACUCAGUAAAAUAUCGGCACAAGUGAUUUUUGGAUCCCAUCUAGCUUUUUGAAUUUAUCAAGAAAGAAAAACAUACAUGUUAAACACUGUAGUUAAAAUAUAAAACAGAAAAUCAUUAAAUUCUCAUGUUCAUGAUUAUAUUUUUUUUUAGCUUGAAACGUGUUUUAGAUGAAUUUGUAACAAAUUGAAGAAAAGAGAAAAACAGUAGGUCAUGCUUUAGAUUCCAUAACAUCGCAAUAGCAAUAUAAACCACAUUAUUCAAUAUACUCUAACUGAAUUUAUAUGAUAUAUUUUAUAUAUUACAGAUAAUGGUGAUAUUGGCUGUGUGAGGGCUGAUGCUGAUUAUGUCAAAAUGCCAAUAAUCGGCCUGAUUAAUCAGUCUAUCUCCACUCGAAAUGCAUCAAAUUUAUAACACUGACUCUCAAAUUAUUUCAAUUUGUAAUUUAUAUAAUUUAAUUUAAUUAUCAUAUUAAAAUGUUUAUGAAUCAUAAUAAUAAUACGAUUAAAUACAGUAUAACAUAAAGUAAAAGGUUGUGACUCACUAGGACGACCACAUCCUCUGUAUCUGAGGUGUGUCUUGACCGCUGACCUGAACUAAAACCCCAGAAUUACACCACAGUCACUGAUCGUUCUCAGUAACUGCAUCACUGCGUCUUCCUUCUUCUCACUACGUAAAGACUUGAACAUCACACGUGAAUUAUCUGACCACUUCAAACAUUCAAACUGUCAGUCCGCUGUCAUCUCAGGACAGUUAGUGUAUAAAAGUCCCUCUUCGCCCGUCGUUACUCACUCAGCCUGGAGUACAGCAAACACGAAUCUGUUGUCAUAAGCUUCUGUUGUAUUCACUGCUCUAUUUGCUCUGGGUGCCCAGUUGAUAAAACUGCAUAAUUCUGUCAGCGACCAGUUUAUUCAGGGCCUGUUAACACGUCAUUAUGACAGAUGAGUACACAGGGAUAUAGCUAAACAAAGCUCUGACACCGCUGUGAAUAUUGACUGGAGCAUCGGGCAGUGAAAAAAUCCACUCAGGGUGGGUUGAUCGAGGGCUUACAGAUGUUAUUUAAAAGUUACCCAAGAGGAAGUCGGACUACGCAAAGUUGAAAAAACACUAAGCUUUGACGUCAAGGGUGUGAAACCUUUUCUACACCUUCUUUACGUAAUUUGUCAGGAUGUACAAUAUUGAUUCACCUUUAUCCUGAUAUAAUAUCUCUCUGUAUACGAUCCAUCACAAACCAUCAAAACACACACUGGUAGGGCGGAAGACCACCCCUAAUGUUGCAUCUUAUAACCCCAUCAAGGUCAGAUAAGAGCCUGUCUAGACACAUAAUGUAGCCCUGCUUCUCGUCCCCAUUUGGCUCCUUAAUACAUUAAUUUUAUUUAUCUGAAGUGGCCAACGGAAAUAAAACCUGUUCUGAAAGUGACGCAGAAAUGGGGCUGUAAUGGAAAGCUCUCCCACUUCAACUGUCAUCUAGAUCCAUUACAGUCUCCUUUAGUUCACCGUGGAUGAUGUGCACCAGGUGUGCUGCAGUAAAAGAGUUAGUUAAUAGAUAUUUAACCAAGAUAUUACUGAUAACAGGGAAGAACUUGGUUUAUGACUGAUACAAGACUCCCAAGGAGGACUAACUGGUCCCUCAACUUGGAUCUGUGUAACUCAUAUCUUCAAUUUGUGCUUAUUUUGCUGACUCUUUGUUUUGCUUUGUCCAUCCUGCUGGUUUUGUUAGUCAAAGGCAAACAUAGAAGGGGUCAGGACUUAUUUUUGAAAUCAAGCGUGUAGUAGAUAGAUUUGGUAUUGCACCUCUGAGGCUUUAGACCUCAUAUCAUGUAGUCUCAUCUUGACUUUCUACAAUAAAAGUACAUGUAAUCCCCAAACCUUGUCCCUACAGGUGUUGCUGUGUUUCUCCCGGGACACUGCCGUACUGGAUCACUUCAAAUACAACAGUGCCACUCCUCCCAAGUCCUACAUCCAGGGUAAGAUGAUUAAAAACACAUUCAUGCACACUUAUGCUUACACAACCUCAUUACACAGGUAUUACAGGAGUUUCACUUCACUCAAAUGACCUUAAACAACAUAUCCACACACAGGACAUGGAUAAUAAGUAAACCCACAAUAAGUUUCUGAUUUAAGUGUGUUUCUGUUAAACAGGAAAAGUUGGAGACGAAGAAUGUGCAGUUGUGUAUCCUCCCAACGGUGAGACUUCAGCAGCUCUAUAUUCACACCAUAUUUAUUUAAGUGUACAUUUUCAUGGUGAAAAUGAAGUAACUCAACAAAAACUACACCUAAGAUUGCAUAAACCCUUACUUUACAUGAUUUUUGCUGAUCCCAUUUUGUAUUAUCAGGCAGAUUGGCAUAUUUGUUUGACUCAUUCUGCAAUUUUUCCUGAUUUGAGAGAGUUGCUUUAACACCAAUAUUGGUGCCAUGCACCGACAACAACACAGAUACCAAUACUGAUAUCAUGUAUCAGUAUCUAAAACUAAUGCCUAUAUUUUAAUCAUGCUCUAAUAACGCUAUCUACACCAGAGUAAGAGUCUGAUACCAAUAUUGAUACCGUGCUCUGGUAAUGACACCAAUAGAGAUACCGAUAUCGGUAACUAGAACCAAUACCAACUUGGGUAACAUGGUUGAUAACCAAACCUAUUACAAAUGCUAGUUUGAGUAUCCAAUACCGAUACCAAUUAGGUACCAUGCUUUGAUUACAACCAAUUUAGAUACCAAUACUGGUGUCAGGAUCAUCAUCUAAAACUGAUACUAAUACUGAUAACAUACUUAUAUAAUGACACCAAUAUAGAUACCAAUAUUGGACACAGUAUCAGUAUCUGAAACUAAUACCACUGAAUUAACAACUAUACAAGUGACCAAUAGCAGUAUAAGUAUCCAAUAUUGGUACCAUGCUUUGAUAAUGGCCAAUACAGAUAGCAAUACUGCCUAAUCCCAAUACCAACACUGAUAAUGAUACCAACACCAAUACCAAUCCUGGUAGGUGUAGACCAAUACCAGUAUCAGUAUCAUUAUCCGACAUUGAUACCAGUUUUGUAAUCAUGCGCUGAUAGCAACACCAAUAUUGAUACUGCUUCCAAUACCAAUACUGGUAUGUUUAUCGGAUUCUAAUUAUGGUGCCAUGAUUUGAUAACAGUACUGAUGCCAGUAUAAGUAUCAUUAACCAACUUUGAUACCAGUAUUGGAUCCAUGCUUCCAUAGCAUUACCAUCAUGGAUACUGCUACCAAUACUGGUACCAAUACUGGUAUCUGAUACCAAUAAUAGCACCAUGCUUGGAUAGAAAUACUUACGCUUACCAGUAAUGGAUCUUUAAUACUAAUAUUGGUACCAUGAUUUAUGUAGACAAAGAAACCAAUACCAGUUUUGAUAUUGGCCUUGAUAUCAGCAUUUUAUGGGUCCAAUGAAAAACUUUAAGCACUCACAUUUUUUCUUUUUUUUUUUAAAUUAGUAUAUCUUUGCUUUUCUACUUUGCACUAACUGUAAAAUUGAAAUUUCACAGGUGUGAUCCCCUUCCACGGGUUUUCUAUGUACGGUGAGUAUCCUUUGCUGCUCCAGUUCUCAUGAUCCACUUGGAGAAGAAACCGUUGGACAUACGCCGUAACAGGGAGUGUGUGUUUGUGUGUGGAUUUGCAGUGGCGCCUUUGUGUUUCUUGUACAACGAGCCGUCCAAGCUGUACAGCGUGUUCAGGGAAAUGUACAUCCGCUACUUCUUCAGGUUGCACUCUAUCUCCUCCUCCCCCUCGGUAAGCCCGUAGAGAUGUGCGCCCAAAAAAACAUUGUGCAUCAUUUACUUUCAUGCAUGCACUGAAAUUGCGCACAUGUGCUCUUGCAGGGUAUCGUGUCUUUGUGUCUGCAGUUCGAGCGGCUGCUGCAGACACACCUGCCUCAGCUUUUCUACCACCUCAGGGAGAUUGGGGCGCAGCCGUAAGUCGACCACAAACAUGUCUUUGUUGUCUGAGGGGUCAAUCAUCCUCAGAUAUUUGCUGCAAAUCCAUUGAAAGGACCAAAAAUCUGAUUUACUCUUCUAUAAAGAUAGUACAUUAGUAUGCAGUGCAUAAGUCAGCUCUUAUGUGGGUCAUUAAGAAGAAACUACCUCUCUUUGUUUAGCUAUUCAUCACACGGUUUAGAAAUUACAUUCACUUUGAAUUCUUUAGUUACAAGCUACUGCCAUCUAGUGUUAUGUUGCUGGAAUCACAAAAAAGCAGACUCAGACAUAAAGAGAGUUGAUCACAUUAAAUAAAUUCCAAACACACCUCUUCUAAUCAAUUUCAAGCUUUGGGAUUAUUUUAUUUUACAUGUUUUAGAUUUUCAGACUUAUUUUGAAUCGGUCCUGUAAACAUUUAGAUGUUCUGCUUUUGUUCACAGGUUACGAAUUGCCUUUAAGUGGAUGGUUCGAGGGUUUUCUGGCUACUUAUCAACUGACCAGCUGCUUCUUCUCUGGGACCGAAUCCUGGGCUACGACUCGCUGGAAGUAGUCGCAGGUAAAACUCGUUCGAGCCCACGGACGUUUAUUUUUGUAGCCUUUGCGUCCACUUUUCUGAUUCAUUAUCUAACCCCACACACUCUAUUUUCCCUCCUCUUUCUCCAUCCUGUUCUUCACUUCAAUGAUUCACCACCUCCAGUCCUGGCAGCUGCCGUGUUUGCUUUCCGAGCCGAGAACCUGAUGGAAGUGACAUCACUAGCUUCAGCGGAGGUAUGUCUGCCUCGCAUCAGACCCCUAUACGUGGGUGUGUGUGUGUUAAACUGUUUUCCCAGCCCUCUCCGUGUACCCCUACAUACCCCUGGAGGGCUGUAAAUAGCUGCCCAUGAGCAGUACCGGUAACUCAGUCUCCUGCAUGCACACGUCUGAAAGAAUGGCUGGCUGGACACUUUUGAACUGUCAUCGUCAGGCUGUUAAGACGUCUGCCGCCAUAACAUAGCCAUUAAUUAAACAGAUGGAGACUUUUAUUUUGAAGGGCUCUCAUGCACUGCUGCACAACCAUAACACACUAUAUGCCUUUUACGCUUGUACUUCUAAAAACUUUGACUUUGGGUGUGAAAUUUCCGUGAAAAGAGUGCAUCCUGUGAUCAUUUCACUCCUCCUCAUGUUGCAUUAUUACAGUAACCAGUAACCUAACUCUUGCGCAUGCUUGCACCCUAUACCACACCCUUACUGGGCUCUCAAGAUCGUAUAACCAAAACCGGGAGUAAACCAUACCAUGACUCGCCUCACCCCCUCUCCGCCUUCUCCCCUUCCCCUGAGGGUGAGGGGGUUAAACUACCACAUGACGCUCGGGGCGACAGUCUGAUCUCGCUGUUCCAAGAUGCUAACCGGCACCGUUUGCUUGCUCAUUUACCACCUAACCCCCCCUUGAGAAGAGAGGAGAUAUCAUAACAUACUGCUCCUUAUCUUUAUAUUUAGAACUGAAAUAUUAAACCCCCUCUCUGAACACGAUAGGGCCCCUAAAUUUAAUCUCCCACCCAUCCCAAAAGGACAGAGCAGGGGGAGCUGUGCGCUCUUAAGCAUGGAUUGUCGCUUCCCAAGGAUCCUGCAUCAUCAUCAUCAUGCAUGCAAGGGGCUUUUUUUAAAUCCUAAAGUAUGUCUCAGGAGGAAGGGGGAGGGUCUGCUUUGCCUUUUAGCCCCUCUCCUGGGCGAAGGUAAGGCCGCCGCACUUCGGAGGGGUGUGGUUUUGCGACGACAAAUGAAAUUUGUGUUUUCUCUGACAUGCAAACCUGCAGGCUGUCCUCGCUGACCUUUCAACUCUGAAGGUGGUGCCGCUUAUCCAGAUCUUUCUGUUCGCCACCGCCAUCUGAGGAGCAUGGGAACUACGGUUUAGUAAUCGCAUAUAUCUCACCGCCAGGAGGACAAGAAGACGCUCCAGGAAUGGAGCUUUUAAAUGCCAUAAGAAGCAACUCUAACGCUAUUACUAACAAACAAGAAACACCGGCUAAAGUGCACGAUACAAAAAAGAAAAUGAAGGACAACCUACACAAACACAACACCCUCCGUCUUGCACUUCUUCAAGCAAAAAGCCAAACCCCUCUUUAGCAUGUAUGCACCAUAAAUAGUGAAUCUCCUGUAUCAUGUUAUUAGAUAUUAUACAGUAUGUAAUUAUAGACCCGUGAGGUUAACUAACCUCCUCUUUAAGCCAUAUGCUCUGCGGGAAAGACGAUACGCACGGCAGCUCUGGGAUCAGCUGAGAGGCUCGUCUGAAUGUGCAUGAAGCUUUAAUUGUAUCGCGAUGAGCGAACAACAGCAACAUCUCCGAGCUCGGCUAAUGAAGUGUUAAUUAGAAGUGUUGCUCCCGCUUGUUGUUACACUAUUAGAUAUCAUUGUUGCUGAUGAGGGAAGAGCUUGGACGCACUCGUGUGUUGAUAGAGCGCUUAAUGUGUAACCUAUACAAUAAAGAGCUGCUGCAUACACGCAUAAUUUAUAAUAUUUAAGAAGAAAAACGUGAAAUCUGCACUCUGAAAGGACAUUUAGCACCUCCAGUGCCAGCUUUAAUUUAACAUUUAUUUGUCAUUCUUAAGUUAUGCAUUAAAUUCCUGAAUGUAUUUUCCUAUUUUGUACUGCUUUCUUAAAAAUACAGCCUAUGUUACAUUUGAUUUAAAAGCAAUCAGAUCAUUGUUUCCUUAGUCGACGCCAAGGGUUUCAUCCAACACAUUUUUAUGUUAUUGCAACCAGUGUUACACUUUUAUACAUUCAAUAAAAUGUGAACUUCAUAGUUGACUUGUUUUUAUUGCUGCCAGAUCUUCUCCCCUCUGUGAGAGGGUAAAUAUUUGGACAGGGAGGUUUCUCUGUCGUGGGUCAUCGUAGUAUUUGUGCAAAAGCCACAAAGAGUAUUUGACAGGUAGCGGUAUUCAGAGGCUUGACCGUCCACCCCUCACCCUCCUCCUCCUCCCACAUGAAGCAUCUGCUCAGUUCCUCACUAGCUCCCUGGUUGCUGGCCGCUCUUCCUUCCCGCCGCCCCCUCUGUGGGCUGGUAUCGAAUUAUGCUGCACUUCUCUUUCGUUGCUCCCUCGCUCCCGGUUCCUGCUUCAUCUGCCACCUGUUUACUAGGACUCCCACGGCCUUUAUCAUGCAUCUCCUCUGGCCCCCUGGGGGUCUGUUCCUCCUGAGGCAACUGUUUGCUGCUGUGCAGUUAGCUCUCACACACUGGACAUUUUACAUUGCAGGGAGAUGAACACUUUUAAAGUUAGCUUGUAGAGAGAUCUGCUGUGAACUUAGUGUCCGGAAAAGUGCUGCUCCUCAUAACUGAUGGCUUAAAAUGACGCCUGAACUGUGCCAUUAAAUUUUCAACAGUAUCCAACUAAAAAGCACAAAGAGAUGAAAUCAGCAACAAUUAAAGGACCACCUCUUUUUCCACUUGAGGUGCCAAAACCAACACAGGCAGAAAGUUCCUCACAGGCGCUUUAAUGUCCUUGUCUAAGUUGUCUGAGGAUAAAUAAGUAUAGCUUUGCUGUUUUAUAGUUAAAAAAAAGAGCAAAAAUAUUUUUAGAUUUACUCUAAAGCUAUCAAGGACAUGUUAUAAUACAGUUUUAUGAUAAGAUUUCAACAAUACAAUAAGAAAAUGUCCAAGAGUUCAAAUGUCUUUUCAGCUCAUGUGAAUCGGACGGCUUGAAAAAUAGAAAUGUGGGAAGAGAGAGGGAGUUACAUGCAUGUUUUAAUCAAUACUGUUGUAUAAACACUCUGGAAAAGCAGCAAAUUUUUGUAUGAAAACAUUUUCAUGAUGUAGUUUGUUUGUGAGCUGGUAUUUCUAGAGAACGUUGUAGGGGCUGGUGAAAAGGUUAUGUGUUGUUUUUGGACCAGUAUUUAAGGAGCUAUAUUUGGAUGGAUUUUUUUGGUUCCACAGAACUGAUUGUUGGGAAGACCCUUAAAACAAGGAUAAAUAUUAUCAUGGAUUGAGAGGUCUUAGUUUACUUACAGAAGAAAAUACACGCUCGCUUACUGCCGUGUUUUACAAAGUAGGGGAGAGUGGGGUAAGAUGAGCCAUUUUUCAUAUUUCGGAUCACUACAUCAAGGCAACCAUAAUUUUGUCUCUAACUAGAGUAUCUGUGUAUAUCUCAAGAUGUUGUGCAUCCCUGCAAACUAACAGUUGAGCCGUAUCCCUACUACCCCC